ACCGUGGUUUUGGAAUCCUAAGCGCGGUGCAGAAAGAGACAAGGUUAGGACUUUGGGAAGAAGAGGGUGGAAUUAAUAAAUAAUGUGAUGGAGAAUAAAUAGUGUGAGAGAAAUAAUAAGGAAAGAUAGAAAGAUAGAAAGCUAAAAAGGAAAGAAGAAGAAGAAGCAGUGGUUGCACCCGUUCUCUCUCUCUCUCUCUCUCUUUUGCAAAGCUAUUCAAUGCUUCACCAAACUCUCUCCUUUGCUUUGCAUCCUUGCUCAACCUUGCAUUCCUCGCCGUUGCAGCAGCAGCAGCAGGAACAGUCGAGGAUGGAGAUGGUGGCGUUGAAGGGGAGUUCGAGGCCGGAGAUGGGGCAACAACAUGGUGGUUUUCUCGCCGAUGAGAUUGCUUGGGCGGUGGAAAGAGGGAACUUUUUGUCUGAUGAGUUCUCCGUUGAUGACCUUCUUGAUUUGGGUGCCGAUGAGGUGUUUGAUGAUAUGCUUGAGAAGGAACUCGGUCACGCCGUUAAGCAAGAGCCGGAGGUUGAAGAUGAAACGGAGAACUCGAACUCGUCUUCUGGUCUCUCAUUUGAAGCUCCGAUUCCUUCUGAAAUCGCUCUUCCGGGAGCUGAUGAUGCGGCUGAGUUGGAAUGGGUGUCACGCAUCAUGGAUGACACGUACUCCGAGUAUCCGCCGAUGGCCGGAGUAGUUCCGACGGCGACAGCAGCGGUGAAACCGGUUUCACCGACGCCGAAGCUGGUUCCAGUGAAAGCCAAGAGAAGCAAGCGGGCAAGAACAGCGGGUUGGGUCCGGUCAAACCUCGACCAAACCUCAUCUUCCUCAGCCUCAUCGCCGGCGGCUUCAUCGACGUCGUCGUCGUCCUCCAGCUCAUCAUCUUCAUCGUCUUGUCUCAUCUAUGACUUCACUCCGGUGACGACCAAAGCUUCAGCUUUGCUCCUCCCUGUGGACGAGAGUUCCCAACCGGAAACUCGGCCGAAGAAACGCGGCCGGAAACCGAAGGUUGCCGGCGCGGCGGCCGCCGGAGCCAGCGGUGAGAGACGGUGUAGCCACUGUGGUGCCCAGAAGACGCCGCAGUGGAGGGCCGGACCGAUGGGGGCGAAGACUCUGUGCAACGCUUGUGGGGUUCGGUUCAAGUCCGGCCGGCUCUUGCCGGAGUACCGGCCGGCGUGCAGCCCCACGUUCGUCAGCCAUGUUCACUCCAACAGUCACCGGAAAGUCCUCGAGAUGCGCCGGAAAAAGGCCGAUGAGCAGCAGCACGGCGUCCUUCUCCCUUCUCCAGUCACCUCCUUCUAAAACCGGUCCGGUUCAGUCUCGGGUCGGGUCGGGUCCGGUCGGAUCGAGUUGGUUUGGUUUGGUUUGGUUCGGUUCGGGUUGUAAAUUUUCGGCUUAUCCUAGCAUUAGGCUGUAACUGAUUGAAUUCAUUUUAGCUUAGGUAGGCCAGGUUGCAGGGUUUUUGUAGUUUUUUUCUUUUUUUAUUUUUUUAUUUUUUUAUUUAUUUUUAAUAUUUAGUUUAGGAUUUAGGAUGAAUUGUAGGGGGUUUUUCUAGUAUUUUUUUUUCCUUAAUUAGGUGGGUUUAGUGAGGAGAAAAGUAAAUGGAAAUGGAGCUGAUUAUUAUCAAUGGUGCUGACUUGUAUUGGUUUUUCUUUUUCUCUAGUUGUUUGUAAAACAGUCCUUAUAAAUAGUAACAUUCUGGUUUUGCUUCAAGUUUUCAA